UGCACAACUCCACCAAGUGGGAGCAGCAGCAGGUAUGCAGUGCCUCUCCCACCUUCAUCUUUAAGCAGCCCUUGGUGAUAAAAUCAUCUCCGAUGUCCCCUGGAGCUACAGCAGGGCUGCAGGACACCGUCACAGUAUCCCCGAUGUCUAGCCCGACCCCCAGCCAUGCCUCCAACAGCGCCGCCAGCUGGACGGGCAGAGGGGAGACCGGGGAGAAGAAGCGGUGCCGGGGGGCGCCGGACGCGCUGCAGCAGGAGCUGCUGGCAGAGAGACAGAAAGAUGUGGCCAGGCUGCAGGACGCACUGAGGCUGGAGCAGGAGAACCGCAGACAUCUGCAGUCCCGGUGCAGCCAGCAGGCCUGGGAGCUGAAACAGAAGGAGCGGCAGAACAGCCACCUGAAGGCGAGACUGGUGCAGCUGCUCGACAGGCCGAGGGAGCGGAAGUGCUCGAUGGACGUGCUGAAUGGCCCCCCUAGGCUGCUGGGAAAGAGCCCCCCCCCCAGGGCCGCGGAUAGGCAAAUUGACCAGGAGGUGGCGCUGCGGGUCAUGCUGGAGAGGCAGGAGGCGGAGCUAAGGCAGGCUCUGACCCUGAGACGUGACCUGUGUGACCUCCUACGCCUGCUGCAGACCCACAUGGAGCAGACCUUUCAAGACUCUCCGGUGGCUGUAGGAGUGUCAGACUGUGAGAGGCUUAUCCAAUUAGAGAAGACUCUGGGUGAUCAUGUGACCGGGGGAGUGGUACAGGCAUGGGACAGGGUGCAAAGGCGAUUUGGGGAGCUGGUCUCACAAGCUCAGUCCUCCAGCAGCACUGGAACCGAUCAGGAGAAGCUUCUGGCUCAGCUGGAGUCUGACUUGGAACAAAGCAGACAGCUGGUCCGGCUGCAACAGCAGGUGCUGCAGGACAGCGUGAACCCCCCGUUGCUGCCUACCCUGACCGACUCGUAUUACCUGGAGGAGUGGGAGAGGCUGCAGGCCAAGUGGGCGGAGCUUGAGGAUCAGAGGCGGAGCUUCCAGAGGGAGAGGCAGGCCUUCACAGAAGCAGCCAUCCGACUGGGCCGUGAGCGGUGGCAGUUUGAGCAGCAGAAGGCCAUCCAUCUUGCACAGCAGAUCCUGUGCCACUCGCCCUGGGACCAGCCCACCCAUAACAGGAGGGACAGCAGCAUCGGCUCAGCUCACAGGACCUACUCCGGCUGCCCCACUGCCUCCCCCACAUCCCUGGAGUCUGGCAUCGCGCCGUGGGCAGAGCACAGCCUGGCCCAGACCCCCAGCACCCCCGAGCUCUACUCCGCCCUAAGGCUGCCCUUUCACCCCAGGAGAUCCAGGGGCAGCCCGGCACGCUCGGACUGCCACGAGAGGCAGAGGGGAAGCCACGGCUGCAGAUCCCUGGAGUGCUCUUUUUAGACUGUGUGUGUGUGUGUGUGUGUGUGUGUGUGUGUGUGUGUGUCAUUUCACUUCCUACUCUAAUAAAGAGGCCGACUUAUCGACGCCUUGUAUGGACCCCCUCCCAGUCUCUGUCUCUCCUCCAUUCCGACACGCUCCUUCUGCAGAGAUGGUAUCUCAAAGC